AUGCCACAGCCCGUGCGACCGCGGCGGUUCGCACCAUUGAAUCCCGCGAAGAAGAAUGGAGACGAGAGGCCAGCAUUGAAGGGAAUAGUCUUUGAUGUCGACGGUACAUUAUGUUUACCACAAAACUACAUGUUUGCAGAGAUGCGGUCAGCGCUGGGGAUUGAGAAGCCGACGGACAUUUUGGACCACAUCUACUCACUACCCGAGACUGAGCAAGAAGAAGCACAGGAAAAAAUACGUGACAUUGAGCGCACGGCAAUGAAGUCGCAACAGCCGCAGGCCGGGCUCGUAGAGCUCAUGGAGUAUUUAGACUCUCGUGGCAUCAAGAAGGGCAUCUGCACACGCAACUUCGACGCACCCGUCACCCAUCUCCUUACCACAUUUCUACCGACAUCGAAAUUCAGCCCUGUCGUGACGCGAGAGUUCAGACCACCGAAGCCUGACCCUGCGGGAAUCCUGCACAUUGCGAAGAACUGGAUGCACGAAGACGGAGGAAAGAGCUUAAUCAUGGUCGGGGAUUCAAUUGAUGAUAUGACGGCGGGUUAUCGUGCUGGAGCUGCGACUGUGUUGCUGGUCAACGAUGUUAAUAAGCAUCUUGCUGAGCAUCAGCAUACAGAUCUCGUCGUCAAGCAGCUGGAUGAUCUCAUCGACAUUCUAGAGAAUGGGUUCGAAGGACGUGUAGAAGCCAACGAAGAGAAUGUAGAUGCAAAGAAGCAAGUCGAGGAAGCCGUCAGUAAGAAUUGA